AUGAAGCUGGCGAUAACGGGCUGUAGUGGAAAGGUCGGGAGAGUCGUCGUCAGAGAGGCUCUUGAACAAGGUCAUACAGUUGUUGGCAUAGAUCGCGUCACCCCGACGGUUGACUGGACAAAGAGCAACACCUUUGUCUUCAUACAGACUGACUUGGAAGAUUUUGACGCCGCGUUGAAUGCACUGAAAGGAUGCGAUGGAGUCAUUCAUCUCGCAGCGAUCCCCACUCCUACUGAUUAUAAGAUUGCCUCCCACAACAGCAACGUCGUUAUUUCAUGGAAUGUCCUCCGUUCCUGCGCAGAGCUUGGUAUCAAUCGAGUAGCUCAGGCAUCUUCUGUCAACGUUAUCACGAUGGUGUUCAGUCAAAGUCCCAAUAUCCAUUACUUUCCUAUCGACGAAAACCAUCCAUGCCUUCCGGAUGAGCCUUAUGGACUUUCAAAAGUAAUAUGUGAACUUCAAGCGGAUACCCUUGUUCGACGGUACCGUUCAAUGAAGAUCGCGAGUCUCCGGUUGCAUUUUUCGGUUCCGGAAAGGUCUGUGGCGCACAAAAGCAAUCCAUAUUCACCGAUAAAGGACUUGUGGGGUUACGUCCAACAAGAUUCAGCUGCCGACGCGUUCCUUCUUGCAGUAACGGAGGAGACAAAUAAAUGGUCAGGUCAUGAAGCUUUCUUCGUUGUAGCACCCGUCACCGCCUUCCCAGAGCCGUCGAAAUACUUGAAAGAAACGUAUUGGCUAGAUGUUCCUAUCUUGGAUGGGAAAGAGUUGGUUGGGAACCAAAGUUUCUUCAACUGUGAGAAGGCAGAAAGACUAUUAGGUUGGAAGCACAGAGACUUCCAGGAGGCUGGUUAA